CGGGAUUCUUUUUUUUUUUCAGGAACUGUUUCGUGGUGGCACCCAAUGUCUUCCGAGUGGGGACUAGUGAAACGUUCGCGGUCAUGGUAGACGGUGGUCCAAAGACAGUGACUGUAACACUCCAUAUUUCCCGGAGUAGUCCAACGAGUUUCUUUCAAUGGUCAUCUACCGUCAGCACAGGUUCUCCCCAAAUUGCUGACAUCAUUGUGCGUCAGACUGACGUGACCAAUUUGCAGCACGAACGGAACAGGUUCAUGCUGAAAGUUAAGUGCGGCAGUAUAUGGGCAAAAAGUACUCCAAUUCUGAUGAGCCCUGCGUCGGGCGAGCAUUUUUUUCUUCAGACCGAGAAACCCAUCUAUCGUCCAGGAGAAAGUGUGAACGUAAGGUUCCUGGCCGUCGAUGGCAGGCUUAAACCAUCAAAGAGCAUCUUCAGGCUGGAAGUCCGGAAUCCCCAGAACUUGAUUGUUGAAAGGACAGAAUUUCAGCCCCAAAGAGAUUUGCUUCUUACACACACCUAUCAACUACCAGAACGCACGCUACUUGGAGAAUGGUCACUUCUCAUGAAGCAUGGCUACAAUUUUGAGCAGAACACGACAUCCAAGUUCCUGGUCGAUAAAUACGUGCUUCCAAGGUUUAAGGUCGAUCUGAGCAUCCCGGAUUAUGUAUUGAGUAAUUUUUCGACAUUACCGUGCUCUGUGGCUGCAAGCUUCGUGAAUAAAAAGCCCGUCGAAGGUGUCGUGCGUUUCACAUUUGGGCUACAGGAAGAAGUUGGAGGCGUGCAGUGGUUUUCAAGCAGCUACUCUUCAAUGCUUCUCGAAGACGGCAAGGCUACGUACAAUCUUCUGCGAGAGCAGCACAAACCACCUUUUGGAUACCGCUGGGAUACACUGUUCGACAGCCAUACGCGGUUGGUUGUGAAAGCAACAGUCACCGAGGAAGCUACUGGAGCUAAGGAGUCUGCUCAGAGUAACAAGACGGUUUUUUCUCGGACCCCUUACGUGAUUUCGUUGGCGAAGAAUCAGCAAAGCUUCAAGCCUGGUCUCAAGAUAUACAUUAUCGUCGAACUGACGUACCUCAAUGGAAACCCAGCUCGAGAUGUACCAAUGAAGAUCUUACUGCCCUCGGGAAAAGCCGAAGAAGCUACGACUGGCAGUGACGGAGUGGUAACGUUCUUCAUUCCCACCUCCAACAACGACGACAUGCUUUCUAUCGAGGUGGCCACCAACGAUCCGAGGUAUUCAUAUGCGCACCAGGCACGAGAACGACUUGAUCUGGAACCGUACGAAAGUGUUGCAAGCGGAUUCAUUGGGAUCCAAAGAAAAGACCCGAAGAGCGUUGUUAAAGCAAAUCAAUUGUACGAAGCUGCUUUGUUCACAAAUCGCGUCGACAAAAUUACUUCCUCAGUCUACUACGCGGUUCUGUCCAAGGGGAGGGCACAGCAGGUCAAGAAGCUGCAUAUAGGAAAAAGAAUCGAGGAAAACAUAGUAAUUCGUGUCACGCCUGAGAUGACGCCAAGCUUCCGAGUGGUGGCCUUCGCAGUGCUUGAUGGACACGUCGUUACAGACUCCAUUUACGUGAACGUCGAGCCAGCGUGCACGCAUACAUCUCAUGUCACCCUAGAAAGGAAGAAUUCGGGACCAUCCGAGCCUAUGGCCCUCGAGACGCUAGUCGUCACGGGCACGCCUGGGACAGCUGUCAGCUUACUGGGAGUAGACCAAGCUCUCUACGUACUGAGGAAAAAAGAUCUCCUAACAAGAAAAAUGCUGUUCCAGUCUCUGGAUUCCAAGGACCUCGGCUGCGGCGCGGGCGGAGGCGUGAACGCAGCGGAAGCGCUUUCCAGGGCCGGAGUCGUGCUACUCACGCGAAACAACGUGAGCAACACACCGAGAAGCGACAAUGCCUGCUAUGAGCCCCGAAGAAGGAGACGAGAAACACUAGACACCAUCAUGGACGAAUACAAGAACGAGACGCUGCGCUGGUGCUGCUCUCUAGGAUCGCGGCAAGAUUGGCAGCGAAGAGAAUGCACGUUGAAAGUACGCACACUGAUGGACGUGGUGACUGCCACCCCGAACAGGAAGGACUGCAUUGAUGCUUUCAUGAGGUGUUGCAAGCUAACAGAAGCCAUACACACACAUGCAGGUUCCCCCAGAUUCCUCCUUAGUUUGUAUGAACCGUCUUUUGCUCGAGAUUAUGAUCCCUAUGAAAUACCGCUGCCUCAUGAGUUCCUGGAUGAGCUAUCAGUGGAUGACACGCCAGUCCGCGAGGAUUUUCCCGACACUUGGCUGUUCCACAGUACUGCAAUUGGGACCAACGGCAGGGCUGAAAUCCCAGCCUCAUUGCCGUCAUCGAUAACCACAUGGGAGGUGAAUGCUGUGAGCGUGUCACCCAGUGGUGGUGUCUGCGCGACCGACCCUCUCGAAAUUUUAGCAAUGAAGAAGUUCUAUGUCGAAGUGAAUGUACCUUAUUCCGUAGUCAAGAAUGAGCAAAUCAACAUCCCGGCUACUGUCUACAACUAUGGUCACAAGCAGGUAGAGGCACGGGUGGUGCUACUAGGAACCAAUGACAUCUGCUCUGGUGCCACGCUAGGCAAGCCUUCCGCGGUUCAAAAGCUCAGCAUUCCGCCUGGGCGCGGUCGUACAGCCAUAUUUCCUGUGGUGCCUCUUUCCGCUGGAGUGAGACACAUCCACGUCCGAGCGUCCAGCAGACACGGGGAAAGUGACGCAGUCAAGGUGGAGCUGAAUGUCCGGCCACCUGGUAUUACGAAGACAAGGUCAUUCGCUGUUAUCUUGAAUCCCCAGAACUCACAAGGGCGAAGACAGCAAGACGUUCAUGACUCCUAUACAGCGAUCUAUAACUCUGACGGCACCCAAGUGAUUGACAUAACAUGGCCACGUCCGCAUCUUAUUUUUCCAAACACAGAGCACUGCCAAAUCGAUAUUGUAGGAGAUGGAGUAGGCGCAACAUUGGAAACUGUUGUCAAACAUCCAGAAGAGGCUGUAAUCUUGCCGUCUGACUGUGGAGAGCAAGCUACGAGCAAGUUGUUGCCAGCACUGUACGCCUAUGCGUACUUUAAUACUACAAAGCGCAUCAGCACCAGCGAAAAUUCCAACGCGCUUGCAUUCUUCCAGAAAGCGUACAGUACAAUACUCCAGUACCGAAAAUCAGACGGUUCCUUCAGCAUUUUUACGCAUCUACCAUCGACUUUGUGGCUCACCGCAUACGUCAUUCGUACUUUGUGCCAAGCAACCAAAGUCAUCAUGGUUGACGAAGCGGUUAUUACCAGCGGGCUGAGCUACAUUGCCCGUAAGCAGGGAGCAAAUGGAGAGUUCACUGAUGGAGAACGAAGGUGGCACAGUAUGCUAGUGGGAGACUUGGACCACCCAACAGCACUGACAGGCCUAUAUGCUCAUCACCCUUCAGGAGUGUGAUGAGAACGGCUUUAAGGCUUCUGCACGCUCAAAGCAGAGAGCAGCUUCGUUUGUGGAGCAACAUGUACGACAAGGAGACUCGCCCGGAGGACUGGCUCUGGCCGCUUACGCCUUAUCGCUGGCCAAAAGCCCAGGAAGGGCAAAACGUUAUCCAGUGGCUUGAAGAAAGCGUACACCACGACCAAGGUGAGCGUCAUGUACCAGGACACAGCGAUGUCUACUCUGCUCAGGCGACAUCUUACGCCAUCAUGACGUUCAUAAAGAAAAGGAAAGACGUCGGUUAUGUCACUAGUUUUGUGCAGUGGCUGAGCAAAAGGAUUAGCCCCAGCGGAUCUCUCAAAACCUCAAAGGACACUGUUAUGGCUCUCCAAGCACUAGCCAAGUACGCAACUUACACCAAAGAUAACCGCCUUGACUUGUCAUGUGAAGUGACCGUAAGUGACAACAGUGAUUUCAAGGAGCACAUAAGAAUCAAGCGAGACAACGCCACCAUCCUUAACAAAAUCGAGAUCAAUGAACCAGGAGAAAAGAUAUUAAUCAACGUCAAAGGGUCUGGCACCGGCAUUUUGUUCUUCAACUACACCUACAACGUAAAAGUCCCCGAUGACAUUUGCAAG